AUAAUUACAGUGCUCAAACUCCUACUAAUGCAACCGUUACAAUACCCACAAACACACACGCUGAUGCUCUAACCCAGUUGUUCUCAACCUAUUUAUCAUUGUGGGCUGCAUGUGUUACCUGGGCCGCAGGUUGAGAACCACAGCAUGCCCCCCUCAACCUGCCCCACAGACCCCUGUGCCCAGCACCUCCCACCCAGAGACCCCUCCACAGCAUGGGGCCAGGAGCAGAGCCCUGGGCAGGGGACCGGGCAGCAGGAAACCCGGAACCCGCCGUGUGGGGCCGAGCAGCAGCCCUGACCCUGGACCUAGGGCAGCCCUGUGGCAGCCCCAGACCCCUGACCCUGCUGGUCCGGCCGGCAGCCCCGGACCCCCGACCCUGCUGGGCCGGCUGGCAGCCUUUAGCACAGAGCUGGGCUGCAGCUGUGUGCUCACUGGGUCUCAGGUUGAGAACCACUGCUCUAACCACUCCCCUCCCAGAGCCAGGGGUGGAACCCAGGAGUCCUGAUGCCCAGCCCAGGUGCGCUGACCACUGGACCUCACUCCCCUCCCAGAGCUGGGGUUAGAACCCAGGAGUCCUGGACACCCCUUCCCCCCCCACCCCGCACCGCCGCUCUUGGUUUAUCUUUAUUAAUCUAAACAGGCUGAUUUGCAGACGUAACUCCACCUGCAAGAUUCCAGGAAGUGGCUGGGCCUGAAGGAGCUCAGCCCUCUUGCAAGUUUCUGUUUCUCUUGUCCGCCAUGGCCGCUGUUCACCCCGUGGAAGCUCUGGAAGAUGACCUGGCCUGUCCCAUCUGCUUGGAUUCCUUCCAAGACCCCGUACUCCUGACCUGUGGGCACAAUUUCUGCCAGGCCUGCAUCACCCAGGUCUGGAAAGGACUGGAAGAAAAUGUCUCCUGUCCCAAGUGCGGGAAGAGAUUCCGGGAGAAGCAUUGGCACCCAAACCCCCAGCUGGGGAAGGUGGUGGAGAAAGCCAGGAAGCUGAGGUGGGGGGCAGAGGGCAGCAUGUGCCAGAGGCACAAGGAGAGACUCGAGCUGUACUGCGGGAAGGAUCAGGCCCUGAUCUGCGUGGUGUGUGACGGAUCGAAGGAGCACAGGGCUCACAGGGUGGCUCCCCUCGAGGAGGCCGACCAGGAGUACAAGGACCAAUUUCAAAGGCACCUGCAGAUUCUGAAAGAUGAGAGCUUCAGCCAGGAGGCCUUCACCAUCAGCGAAGGGAGAAGGCUGGAUACGCUGCUGGCUCACACCAAGGCCGAGAAGCGGCGAGUGGUGUCCACCUUCCAGCAUCUGUAUCGGCUGCUGCAGGAAAAGGAGCGCCUCCUGCUGAAAGGGCUGGGUAACAUGGCCCAGGGUGUGAAGCAGCUGCGGCAGGAGAACAUCAGCCGGCUCCACCAGAGGGCAACUCUGCUGCAUGGACUGGUAGCCGAGCUAGAGGAGAAGUGCCGGCUGCCGGAUGCUGAGCUCCUCAAGGUGAGGGGGAGAGGUAUUGGGGGGGGGAAGAGAGAGAGAUAAAGAGAGAGACCCCCAUCUUGCCACCCCUCCCCACCAUCCCAUGCUGCCAGCACUCCCCUGGCUCGCUGGACUCAUCAGAGAGUCACCCUCUGUUCCCAGCAGUGAAGGGGCUCUGACACACGGCCAAGCAGUGCCAGUUUACAUCUGACAGGGGAUGGCCCAGGAAUCAUUGUCUCCUUCCUAACCAUAGUCCGCAAUACUCCUGCUCCUGCUCCAGAAAUACACCUCCCGCCUCCCCUUCCAGCCCCGGGGCCACUGAGUCCAGUCUCUCCCACCUAGGACGCUGAAAGCACCUUGAAGAAGUAGGAGCCUCCUUCGUGCCCUCUGGUAGCGGGGAGGGGGCAGGGGGGAGAGGCCUCCCCAUCCCAGCUGCGGAAUAUACUUGCUUCUGCAUCAGCAGCAGAGUGGCCUGGAAGCCCCAGUUGGUUUUAGCUUGUACACCCCCCUAUAGAAGGGUGUGGGCGGGGGCUGCAUCGGUGGCAGUAGCGGAAGGGGAUGGGGGUUGUGUUGGGGUCCCGGGGGAGCUCACCCAGGGAAAGGAGGGACCUGCAAGGAGGCAUUGAGGGGUGGGGAGGGAGGGGAAGGGAGGGGGGGGCCACACGGGGGUCACCCAGGGCAAAGCAGGAAGGGGACAGGAGGGCCACAGUGGGAAUGGGGGGGCACAUGGGGGCUGCCAGGUGUGGGGCAGAAAUGUGGGGAGCUGUGCUGGAGUCACUGAAGAGUGGGAACAGGGUCACACGGGGGUCACCGAGGAGCAGGAAAGAGACAGGAGGGCUGCAUAGGGUAUGGAGGGUGGCUGCGUUGGGGGCCACCGAGGGGCAGAGCGGGGAGGGGACGGGGGCCAUGUGGGGGGCUGCACAGGUGUAACCGAGGGGGGGGAGAGGAGGGACAGGGGCUGCACAGAUGCCUGUCUGUCCCUGCCAAAUUUUUCUCCUUGGUCAUUGGCUAGAUGCCAAGGACCCAGCUUGACUCUCAGAUCCCAGGGGGAGUUUUGGGGGUUGGCAAACAGACCCAGCAUCCUACUGCAGGGCAGCUGUGCCUGCUGGAUCCAGCGUUGCUGAGCGAUGCUCCCCCCUGGCGUGUGCCUGUUUGUUUCCCGUAGGUAUGAAAAGAUGCUGCUGCCCGAGAUGGCGUCUCUGCCCACGGCUGAACUGGAGGAGAGUAUCAGGCAUCACUCCCGCAAGAGGAGAGCUCUCCAGGACAAGAUGUGGGAGAGCCGGGAGAUCCUGACCCUGGAUGCCGCCUCUGCUCACCCUGGCCUGGUGGUGUCCCCAGACCGGCACAGCGUAUGGCAUGGGAACAGCUAGGGCUGUUCACUUUCACGGCCUCCUUCACCGAGAUGCUCUUCCCCUUCUUCUGGCUCUGGGCCCCCAGCGCCCGCAUCACUCUGUGCCCCUGAGGGAGACAGAAACCCACCCUGCCAGGACCACAGCCUGAGUGCUAGGUAACAGGGAUGCAUCCCAUACACCUGGCCCCACCGGUCAGGUUGCUAGGCGAUGGGGAUACAGCCUGUAAACCCGGUCCCACCAGUCUGGUUGCUGGGCAAUGGGCUAGGGACACUUCAGAGCAUGGUUUUGUAUUCCUGCCCAUCCUGGCUAAUAGCCAUUGAUGGACCUAUCCUCCAUAAAGUUCUUAUUGGAACCCUGUUAUAGUCUUGGCCUUCACAACAUCCUGUGGCAAAGAGUUCCACAGGUUAACUGGGCGUUGUGUGACGAAAUACUUCCUUUUGUUUGUUUUGACCCUGCUGCUGCCUGUUAAUUUCAUUGGGUGACCCCUCAUUCUUGUGUAAUGUACUUCUGCAUGCUUAUCACUCCUAAAUCCUAAUCAGACUUAUAUUUCUGUGACCCUACAACUUAAAUCUACUUAGCAUACAUUAAUUAUAUGUAACAGUGUAUAAAUCAUAACAUCACACACCACAACAAUAAAUGGAU